CCUCCUUUAGCAAGUACCAAAAAGACUAAAAAUCAUGUCGUUGGUGAACAAGUUUUGAACAGCAAACAUGAUGGAGAAGCAUAUGAUGAAACCUUGUCUCACUUACCUGAUUUACCACACAGUGGUCUACCGAACCCAGUUAGGACAGCUGAUUCCUUGGAACAGAAUGAGAUUUUGGAGGCUGGUAUUGACAUGGCUGCUGAAGAAUAUCCUGCUACAGUUGAUGUUUCUGAAACUGGAGGGAUUUCUCCUCAGAAUGAAGGAUGCGCAUCUGAACUGGAAAUGGCAUUGGAGAGCAAAUGUACAUCACUUUGCCAGUCUUUAUGUGUCCAGUGGAAAAAUGCUAAUGCUCUCUGUUGGUUAGAUUGUAUUCUGUCAGCAUUGGUGCACUUGGAAGGCUUAAAAAAUACUGUGACUGGCCUAUGCUCUAAUGUGAACUCUGUGUUCUGGCAGUUGUUCAUGAAGUAUGAUCAAGACAAUAAACUUCUGCACACCAAUCAGUUGGAUGGAAUUAAAGAUGGAGAUUGUAAAAAACUUACUUCAGAAAUACUUGCAAAGAUAGAGUCCUGUCUGAAUGAAGUCAGAGAUGAAAUUUUCAUUAGGCUUCAGCCUCAGCUUAGAUGCACAUUAUGUGAUAUGGAAAGCCCCGUGUUUGCACUUCCCCUGCUCUUAAAAAUGGAACCCGUCAUUGAAAAGCUCUUCAUGUAUUCUUUCUCUUGGAACUUUGAAUGUUCACAGUGUGGACACAAGUAUCAAAAUAGACAUAUGAAGAAUCUGGUCACUUUUACAAAUGUCAUCCCUGAGUGGCACCCACUUAAUGCUGCCCAUUUUGGUCCAUGUAACAUUUGCAGCAAUAAGUCACAGAUCAGAAAAAUGGUAUUGGAAAAAGUGUCUCCCGUAUUCAUGUUGCACUUUGUGGAAGGCUUGCCACAUAAUGACUUGCAGCACUAUUCAUUUCAUUUUGAAGGCUGUCUUUAUCAAAUAACUUCAGUAAUUCAGUACCAGGCAAAUAAUCAUUUUAUAACAUGGAUCUUAGAUGCGGAUGGAAGUUGGCUGGAGUGCGAUGACCCAACAUGUUCUGAAAGGCGUGAGAAAUUUGAAGUUGUUGCUUCAGAGGUACAUAUUGUUAUUUGGGAAAGAAAAACAUCCCCAGUGACAGAUAAGGCGUCUGCCUGCCUUCCACUUAAAAAGACUAAUGAUGAGCCUCCUUGCGGUGAUGAGAAGCCAGCCUUUCCAACUCGGUGUUCUGUGGGCGAUGCUGCCUCUGCUGAGCCAUUCUCAAGGACUCUGCCCACUGGUGUGGCAGUUGGACCUAGCACACACUCACAGGGUGAAGCUGUAGCUCUAGCUCAUGGGCAUCAUUUACUUUCAGGUCCAGAAAGUUUGGUUGACAGUAGUAUUUUAUCUUUGACGCUUGAAGAAAUAAAGGUUAACUCUGAUGAACGUUUCCUCUUAGAAAAUAAACCUGUGGCCGAAAAUGCAGGAGUUGGCAAAACCGAUAUUUUGCAAUCACAAGAGUUACUAAUGGCUUCUUUAGUAUCAGCUCCAUGUGUUGAAAAGCUUACUCAAGACCGAUUCGUGGAUUUAAGCUUGCCAUCUCCAGUUGUAGGUGCAAACAUGCAGUUGGCACAGCUGAAUACAGAAGACACUGUAAUUAUUAAAUCUGUGAAUACUGUUCAUGUUACUGACUCUAUAGGUGGAGUAAAGCUGGUAGAAGUUGAGGGUACAGUUGCCCUAAAGAAGGAUACUCCAUUAAAACACUUUGUUUCACCCAAAACUGAGAAGUUAAAACCAGAACAAGCUAUUACAGCUCAGGUAUCUGAUUGGAAAAAAAAUGAAACUGUGGCAUCUUCUCAAACCAUAACAGCGAAAUCAGGACAAAAUCCAUCGCUGAAAGAAACUCAGAAGAACCCAUUUGUAGGAAGUUGGGUUAAAGGCUUAUUAAGUAGGGGUGCUUCUUUUAUGCCACCUUGUGUUUCAGCUCAUAAUAGAAACACUGUAACUGAUUUGCAGCCUUCAGUUAAGGGGGCAAGUAAUUUUGGUGGCUUUAAAACGAAAGGCAUAAACCAAAAGGCUCACCGGCCAUCCAAGAAAGCCAGUAGGUGUGCAGAUAAGCCACCUACAGUAAGUAACCCUCCACCAGGCCAUCCAUUGUCUGGUAGCACGACUUCUCGUGUAUGUACUGAUGCUAUUGCUGAUACAGAUGCUUUGAAGAAAUGUGAAAAUACCUCCUGUGGAGCUCACCGUAGUCAUGAUUCUUGUGUGAAAGAAAAUGGUGUUUCUUCUGCAAAACAUGGAGACUCAGGUGAGGGUCAGAUUCAUAAACUUCGUCUAAAACUUCUUAAAAAACUUAAAGCCAAAAAGAAGAAAUUAGCUGCUCUUAUGUCUUCCCCUCAAAAAGGAACACCUCCAAGUGAAAAUUUAGAACAUAUGUCCCACUGUGGGUCUCCAAACGAUUGUGAAUCAAUAGAAGACUUGCUAAAAGAACUACAGUAUCAAAUUGAUACUGCUGAUAAUAAAUCUGGGUGCACAGUUCCAUACAGUAGUCAGAAUCAUGAAGAAAUUUUAGCAGAAUUAUUGUCUCCUACAACUGUUGUCUCAACAGAGCACUCGGUAAAUGGGGAGGCUGACUUUAGGUAUUUAGAAAUGGGAGUUGACCACAUCCCAACACCAGUGUCUACUGAAUUAAAUGAUAUUCCCCAAAACACACAUCUGAGACAGGACCAUAAUUACUGUAGCCCCACCAAGAAAAAUAUGUGUGAAGUUCAGCCAGAUUCACUGACAAAUAAUGUCUGCAUUAGGACUUUGAAUUUGGAAAGUUCCAUGAAGACCGAUAUUUUUGAUGAGUUUUUUUCCACUUCAACAUUAAAUUCCUUAGCAAAUGACACAUUAGACUUACCUCAUUUUGAUGAAUAUCUCUUUGAGAAUUGUUGAGUGCAUGUUCUUUUUAGUUUAGUAUUUAUUACUGUUCUUGGAAAAACUAUGUUAGUAUAGUGUUUACACACUGGCCUUGUCAUGAAUAAAAUGUAAGCUACCGAAGGUUUUACCUUUGCUUCUACUCACAAAGCAUGUAAUCUGUUAUACAAAUUAAAAUGAUCAAGAAUUGGU